AUGUUCAUCAAUAUCACUACCCCCUCUGACACUCAGAAGGGUCCUCUGCGAAGAGCUAUUCGAUCACAGGCUGCACUGAGCAGUGCUACUUGUCGAAAGAAUACCAUUGCCGCCAAAACCAGCUCUAAUUCGAAUUCUCCCGAGGAUCAAACACCUCCAAGAGUGCGUAGGAGAAGCAAAGCAAAAGCUAUCAAAGACAGUUUGGAAGCACCCAGCAGCUCUUCGGUUUCCGUAUCUUCCGAACGCAACUCUUCGAGUCCUACCUCCCUCAGCCCAGUACAACAGGAUCAGGUUAUCACACCCCAACUUGGCCAAUGGAUCAUCCAAUACGACUCAUCAUUGACAUUUCCCUAUCCCGAUGCCUGGCAUACAAAGAUCCCACAAUUGGACCCCAUCUAUAUAUCCGACCGGCCAAUCCUUCGCCAGGAAUUGUGGCCUGAAACGAUGUCGCACCGCGCCCUCUUCUUCACCAACUUGCUGCUUGCAUCAUCUCACCCAUCGUUCUCGCGCGAACGAACACAAGAGAUUACAGCAUGGUUUCGUCUCGAAGCAAUGCGUAGCCUCCAGAUUGGACUGGAUUCGAUCACGGGCUUGAACACCAGUGACCAACUAAUUGCAACGGUGUGUUUGCUCUGCGCCUGGGAGUUCCAGUUUGGUGAUGAGGUCUCGGCAAUGGCACAUAUGGCAGGAUUAAAAACAAUGGUGAAUUUGCGUGGAGGGUUCCAUGAUGCCUCUCUGCCACCCAUUGUUCGUCGCCUCGUCUCCUUCGUCACUUACGAUCAGCUUUGGUACUCUGGAAUGGAGCCUGUGUUUGUACCGCAAGGACUCAUGCGGCAAUCUAUAGAUAGCGUGAGCAGUUUGGAUCUGCCAACAGGCUUUGCCUCCCUUGCGCAGUCCCAUCGGAUGUCUCCAAUCGCGCCUUCAACCUUGGGUCUCAUCUCGGAGAUCAAUCUUGUUAUGAAAAGACCUCGGCACCGUAAAUUUGCUUUACUCGACGUUCAAGCACGUUUGACCGAUUACAACUUUUUGGAGAAUCUGACGAGCAAUUUCUCGCCGAUCCAGACAUCCAUGGACGACACAAUUUCAGUUCAAGCCGAGAUGCAUAUCAAACUUGCGCUGUUGUCGCUUGUCACUCACCUGCAGGGUACCGGCUCUGAGGAGUACUGGGAGAUGAGCGAGUCCUUGUUUCCAGAGGUGCUCAUCAAUACCGUUUACGCGGAGAUUGGACUAUGGGCUCUCUUUUUGAUAUGCAGCACAGCUCAGAUACCACCUCCUAGGCUUCUUGACGGUUUGGAGAAGCUGCUCUCGAGCCUUUUGUUGGUUGAUUGGUCGCUGGUCGACCUUACUUUACGCCAAUAUCUAUAUCCCUUAAACAGCCUAGACGUCGCCUCGAGAGCAUUAUGGGGCCAAAUCACGCCGAACAGAACGACCAUAUUCGAGCAAAACAAUCUUUCAAGGUUUCAUGUCGCUGCAUACACACGCAACGAAGAGCCAAUUGUCUGA